UUUUUAUGGAAAUUAGAUUAAUAUAUUGAAGUUAUACAAUGGAAAGAAGAUUUUAUUUCUGACUAAUCUUUAGUUGGUUUGUAUAAAGAUGAAAGAAAGGAGUUGAAUCUCUACUCUACAGUGCUCAGUGACUUUGAAUUUCUUAUUAGUGUAGAACUUUAUAUAAUCGGCCCAUGCUUAUAUUGAGUGAAUGUUUUUGAUAUCUAAGUGUUCUUAACAGUGCGCCUUUAAUAUAUGUAAAAUUGUACUGCCAUCGUAGUGUUAUUGAAACUCUUCGAAAAUGUUCCCCACCAACAACGGAAACGCGAACCACUCGUUCAACAACAUCUCUGGGUCCUCCACACCCACGCCCUCCACAGGCUUCACUAUCGGUGAUGGGUCCUGGGAGCUACGUGUGUUCAUCACAGACUUGUUGAUGGAACGCGUGCUGAGGGUAAAGAGCGACCUGCAUAUUGGCGGAGUCAUGCUACGGCUCGUCGAAGAGCUCGACGAUGUGGCGAUGGACUGGUCGGACCACGCACUGUGGUGGCCGGAGAAGAAUUCGUGGCUGACGCACACGCGCUCUACGCUGGACCAGUGUGGGGUGACCGCUUCAGCUGAGCUCGAAUUCACGCCCAUGCACAAGAUUCUCAGGGUGCAGCUGCCUGACCUCAGAGAGAUGGACUUUAAAGUAGACUUUAGUAUGAAAACUUUUAACACUGUUGUCGACCUCUGCAAACAAAUGGGUAUCCGACAUCCCGAAGAGCUAUCGUUCUGCAAGCCAAUCACCGCCGACGACCUGAAGUACAACUACGCCGAGAGACAGCUCAAGAAACAGCAGCAGGCCAAAGUUCCCAAUGGACAGCUGCCCCCGGACACCAACACAUUCGUGGCCAACAAGAGCAUCAGCAGCAACAAGAGCCACAACGUCAGCAACGGCUCCUUGGAACGAUCCACUCACUCUGCUGGCACUCCCUCAGGAACAUGGCGGCACCCGAACAGCUCCAUGAACAGCUCCCUGGAUCAGUCCUUCACCAAGACCGUGAACGUUGCUAACGCCGACAGCCUCGACGCGAGUGACAAGCUUAACGCCUCCCUCAGCAACUCCCUCUUGUCGCCUGAGGGAGCUCGUGCUAAAUUACCCAGACCUAAGUCGCUUCUUGAGAAGGCCAGGAUGAACGUGGGGUGGUUGGACUCAUCUCUAUCGAUCAUGGAGCAAGGAGUGAAGGAAGGCCAUACGCUGAUGCUGCGUUUUAAGUUCUAUGCUUUCUACGACCUCAACCCAAAAUAUGACGCUGCUCGCAUCAACCUCAUCUACAACCAGGCCCGCUACCAGAUCCUCAAUGAAGAGAUUGACUGCACUGAAGAGGAGAUGCUCAUGUUCGCUGCUCUUCAGUACCAAAUAAAGCUGCAGGCGAAACAGCCGCAGACGAAGCAACAGAUGAGCGCUGACGACGACAUCGAGCGCGCACUCAACGACCUGCAAGUGAGCCUGGAAGGUGGCAACCACAUCACCCCCAACAUCCCCACCAGCUCCGACAUCCUGCACGUACCUGAGCUCAAAGGAUUCAUCAAGUUCAUGAAACCACGACGGUUCACACUGCGCAGUUUCAAGGAGCAGUAUUUCGUAUGCCGCGACCUGCGCCUCUCCUACUACCGUAACAAUGAAGAGGUUGACCCCGUGGAAGUGAUAGACUUGCCCAGCUGCGUGGCCACUCCGGACGUGCAUAUCUCCACCGGCCGCUUCGGUAUCAGGCUUGAGGUGCCGUCUGCCCAGCACGGCGUCACGGAAUACCUGCUGCGCUUCAGCGAUACCACCAUGACUCACUUCCAGGCUGAGGUGCGCGGCAUCCAGGCCUUCCUGUCCCUGCAGCAACCCAGGGCGCCCGCCGUCAUGUCGCCCGAGCAGCACCUCGCUGACAUCAACGUCGAGGAAUUCGUCAGUCCGCGCUUCUCGAGGAAAAUUCGGGGCAAGGGCGGCUGGUGCGCUGGCGCUCCUUCUGAACCUCUGGGCUCUACGCGUAUCUUGGAGGCUCACGGCAACUUCAAAGACCUGGGGCUGAUGGAGGCCAAGUUGCAGUUCAUCCGAUGUUGGCAGGCGCUGCCUGACUUCGGCGUCACUCUGUUCCUGGUCAAGCACAUGGGGCACAAGAAGGAGGAGCUACUCGGUGUCGCCUUCAACAGGAUCAUGAAGAUGGAUCUCGCUACCAGCGACCACCUUAAGACCAUACGUUACAACACCAUCAAAGCCUGGAAUGUGAAUUGGGGCACCAAGCACAUGAUGAUCCAGACCGAGUCCGAGAGCCUGACCUUCUCCUGCCUCACUGCCGAGUGCAAGGUGGUGCACGAGUUCAUCGGCGGCUACAUCUUCCUGUCGAUGCGCACCAAAGACGCCAACCAAACUUUGGACGACGAACUCUUCCACAAACUGACGGGCGGCUGGGCCUGAGCCCACAGCUGUCCACCAUCUUUUAUUUUAAAACCUCAAAUGUUUGAGCCGAAAAGUUCUUCCUCUUAUUCAUAAGUACGUUCGUGCCUGAAAUUGGAAUGGAUUCCCAAACACUGAUACGCGUACUCAGAUUUAAAUUCCAUUCAAUUUUAUGGGCAAACUCCGGUUAAAUUAUCUACUAAAACUUAUUAUUAAUCAAUUUUUAUUUUUUUUUAUUUCUGCUCAUUUGUUGUAUUCGGAAAACUUACGGUCAUUUAUUUUGUGUUAAAUAUUUCUGUGUUCUGCUCAGAACUAAAAUUUGAGUGUGGAUACUGUUUGAUUCUGAAUAUGCAGCGAAAAGAUCAUUACAUGUGAAAUAUAUUAUUUUGCUUCGGUCACAAUUUAUUAGCAACUCUUGAAAUGCUUAAAAAUAUUUGUGCGUUUUAAUAAUCGAACUGUGAGCUUUUGUAAAUGCGCUUUAUAGGCUAAGGUAAGAGUAAUUAAAACGACAAAGUGAAGCCAUUCGUUUGCGUGGUUUAAUAAUAUAGUUAUAACAUUGGUUUCUUGUUUUUGAAAGUCUACUCAAAUCCUUAAAUGCUCUGCAAAUUUUGCGAGCUGCUCAGUGUCCUUGUGGCAAAUUUAUUUAUGAACACUUGACUUCUAUUAAGGCUGAAAUAUGAAUUAAUGCUUACUUCUGUUUACCCACAAUACAAUUCUGUACGCUUUUACAAUUCAGGUUUCAGAAUCGUGCGCCUAAACGAAACAAGAAGUCGUACUUUAAUGUUAAAUUUUAUGAGAAUUUAAUAUGUAUUAAGGUUUUCAAUAGUGUCGUCCUAAAACGUACCGUACUGCCUUUGCAUCAGUGCCUCAAUGUUCGUGCCAACAUUUCAAUUCUUCACGACUCGUGCUACUUCCAUUUUAGGGGUACUUUUAGAAUGAUGUUUAUAAAAUAUUUACCGUAGCCUGUCCAACAAUCCUGAUUCAUCUUUCGGAUGCUCAGUUUUUUGUGUUCUGGUCUCCACUUUGAUAGCAGUCAGAAUAAUCCUGGAGACCGUAGUGAACGACUCUCUACAGUUGUUGGAUCUUCAUCCUUGUAAAAUCUAUUUAAAUGAUAUUCCGAUGGGUGAAAAGUUGUAGCAAAUAUUGCAUGUGCAAUUUUCGUACUCUAAAAAUCAUGCCAUUAAAUGUUAUGCCUGUGCCUCUGAUUAGUCACUUCAAAUGAAUAGCUUGUAAAACCGCAGUCGUUUGUUUAUUAUUUUAAUCUCGUGCUAAUUUGAUGAAUUUUCGUACGUCAUGCGAGUGUGGGUUCCAAGUACUCUUUUUAGCCCAAUUCGACGUUCAUGCACUCAAAACCGUGCUGGUAUUUGUAGUUGUGUAAAUAAUGUAAAUAACAUACAGAAGUGCUUCUUUUAUCUGCUAUUUGCUUGUUGUUGAUUCUAACAUUGGCCAUUAUUCGUAUUGCAUAUAUUUUCACGAUCCAAAUAAUGUUUGUUUGGAAUUUGUUUUCUUGCUCAUCUUCUUCAUCGCGGUUGUUCUGUUCUACCUUUAAUUGUAUUAAUAAAUUUUUUGUAUACAAUAAUUCUCGAUCUACAUUCUAGGUAGACAACAAUACAAACACAAAAAGGGAUGUAUCAUUUGCCACCAAUUUUUUCAACUUAUAUUGAUGUGCAAUUAAUCUUGCUUAUAUAUGACUUAGGGCAUUUCCAGACCUCUCAUCUGAGUUGCACAUGCGAUGUCAUGAGGAUCGUAGUUGAAAGCUGUAAUUCCGAGAUGCCUUGUGACGUGAUUUCUCCCAGCCGCUUUAUUUAUGCUGUAUUUUUUCUACUUACUAGGACGCUAUGGUUUUUGUCCCUACUUAUCUUACAUUCAGCUUAGGAAAAGGGAGGAACCGUUACCGUUUUAUUGCUUUUAAAGAGAAACACGAGCUGCUCUCGACAACUCAUUCAUGAGGCUAUGGCGCCCCGCAUGAGCUCAGUCGGCAUUUAACUCUGCGCGAAGUUUGGUCUCAAACAAGUGCUUCCCUAUUCUGUAAUUUCUUCGUGUCGUAACGAGGGUGUCUUUAACUAAAGUAGUUAGAAAUAAUAUUUUAAGAUGUGUUAAUGUCAGAUGCCGCGAAGUAAACCAAACUCCUGAACUCUGAAAAUUUAUCUAAUUAUUUUAUUCGUCGUGUCGGUCGGUCGGUCGGGACUUUAAUUUUUGCCUCGAGCAAAAUAUGGAUAACACGGAGUAUGAUACGAUUUGAUGAAUUGCCGGAAUUCGUUUUAAUUUAGAUGUUUCCGUAACAAUAUGAGUCAAUUUGAAUAUCAAAAAAAUUGUUUGAUUUCUAAGCAGACCUGAAUCAACCUUCCCACAUCUUUGUAUAUACGGGCAAAAAGAAAGUUGGCAGCGCACAGCUAACGCAUCUUUCGUUCUUCACGUUUGUGGAAGCAUUUAUCCGUCUUCAGAUUUGAGGUAGAACCAUGAGAAUUGUCCAGAAAAUCAAAGCAAGAGUAACCGGGUUCAUUACAUUGCACGCGUAUGAUAUAUUACUGCUAAGCCUCAUCGAUGGUGAUCUAUGUGACGUGUUACAACUAGCAUCGUUCUUGUUAAACCUCAAAAUCUACUUAAUGUUGACCGUGUCAUAUAAGUAAACUAUUAAUUACAGAC